CUUCGCGCGGCGCCAUGAUGUAACUCUCUCUCUGUGCUGUGGAUCCAUGGCGAACUCCUGAUUUACGGAGCCUUUUCUCAUCAAAAUUUACAAUUACCGCCCAGAAACAGACUCUAGACUAACCGCGCUCCCGGGGACGACUCGCUUCAGAAAUGCCAGGACUCAGCUGUAGGUUCUACCAGCACCGGUUUCCGGAGGUGGAGGAUGUAGUGAUGGUAAAUGUGCGCUCCAUUGCGGAGAUGGGUGCCUACGUCAGCUUGCUGGAGUAUAACAAUAUAGAGGGCAUGAUCCUGCUGAGUGAGCUCUCGCGCAGACGUAUUCGCUCCAUCAACAAACUGAUCCGCAUCGGCCGCAAUGAAUGUGUUGUGGUGAUCCGAGUGGACAAAGAGAAAGGAUAUAUUGACUUAUCAAAGAGAAGAGUGUCUCCAGAGGAGGCAGUCAAGUGUGAAGAUAAGUUUACCAAAUCCAAGACUGUUUACAGUAUUCUGAGGCAUGUGGCUGAGGUGCUGGAGUACACCAAGGAUGAGCAGCUGGAAAGCCUCUUCCAGCGCACUGCCUGGGUCUUCGAUGAGAAGUACAAGAGGCCAGGAUACGGUGCCUAUGAUAUCUUCAAACAAGCUGUAUCUGAUCCCUCUAUAUUGGACGGAUUGGAUCUGACAGAAGAAGAGAGGAAUGUGCUCAUUGACAACAUCAACCGGCGGCUCACGCCACAGGCCGUCAAAAUCAGAGCAGAUAUUGAAGUGGCAUGUUACGGGUAUGAGGGAAUUGAUGCCGUCAAAGAAGCCUUGAGGGCAGGACUGAACUGCUCCACAGAAUCCAUGCCAAUCAAGAUAAACCUGAUAGCUCCACCACGGUAUGUGAUGACCACAACCACACUGGAGCGGACUGAAGGUCUAUCACUGCUCAACCAGGCCAUGGCCGUCAUCAAGGAGAAAAUCGAGGAGAAGCGAGGUGUCUUCAACAUCCAGAUGGAGCCUAAAGUGGUGACGGACACAGAUGAGACAGAGCUGCAGAGACAGCUGGAGCGUUUGGAGAGAGAGAACGCUGAGGUGGAUGGAGAUGAUGAUGCUGAGGAAAUGGAGGCAAAGGCUGAAGAUUAGAGCAGAAGAAAAAGGAUUUGAGAGAAAUCUUGUGAAGUAAAGAUCAGCUCCAGCUCUACGAGCAGCAGUUAAACCCUCUUGGAGGUGAUACAGAGCUAUUCAGAUUGUGAAGUGUUUUUGUAUCCUAACAAAAGUGGUACCUGUUAAAGGAUAAAUACUACUAAUUAAAAUUUAUAUGCAAACUGAUAA